GUUUAAAUUCUGUGGUGAGGAGCUGUGGGAUUGGCUGGUUCCCGCCUGCUGGCGGGGGGGAACAAACUGCUCUAAUGAACAGCUUUUUUUUAGGUGCAAUACAUAGGGUCUUGCUGCGGUGCUGGAGCUGUGUGAGAGCUGCUGCUGUAGGGCACAGAAAUGGCACUGGGCUUGAGGUCUGUACACCUGGCAGCUGGUGCAGGCAGCUUCCUUAAUGGAGUUAUGUGACCUUGAACUGUGCUGACUUUGAACGGGAAUUAAUGUCAAAGAUGCCCCUGAAGUCCAAAGCUGGAAUUCAGAUGAAAGACUUCUACAGUACGUUUUGACCUCUGUCAGCAGCAGCAGACUGGCUCGAAGACCUACAGGACAAAGAAUGGCUUUGCUAAUUAAGCCUACUGUAUGCUCACAGAAGAGACCAUGCUGGGACAGAGGACGGCGGAAGACAACUGGAAAGAUGAUUAAAAAUGGCAAGGUGGCUGAAUCCUGGCACAGGAGGUAGUGCGGCGUGAUCCUGAUGAGCUACCUGAUAGACACGGCAAAACAAAAACAUCCUUGACUUCUGCUUGCAUGUUUUGCAGGCCUUCUGAGCAAGUAGUGCCUGAAAUAAGACUGCAUUUCACAGAUUGCUUUUCCAGAGAUUGGCCCUCUACAUUGGGGCAAAGAAAACUCCAGACCACUGCAGUCAUCAAGAUGCCAUUUUGAACCGGCCAGCAUCUUCAGAAACCUCGCUGCUUUAGUCAGAAACGAUAACAGCGAAGCCCUUCCAGAGUCCAUCCCAUCUGCUCCUGGAACCCUGCCUCAUUUUAUGGAGGAACCAGAUGAUGCCUACAUUAUAAAAAGCAACCCCAUUGUCUUACGCUGCAAAGCCAUGCCAGCCAUGCAGAUUUUCUUCAAGUGCAACGGUGAAUGGGUCCACCAGAAUGAGCACGUGUCGGAGGAAAGCAUGGAUGAGACUACAGGCCUGAAGGUUCGAGAGGUGUUCAUCAACGUGACGAGGCAGCAGGUGGAGGACUUCCAUGGGCCAGAAGAUUACUGGUGUCAGUGCGUUGCAUGGAGCCAUCUAGGGACCUCGAAGAGCAGGAAGGCGUCCGUUCGCAUCGCCUAUUUAAGGAAAAACUUUGAGCAAGACCCCCAGGGGAAGGAGGUUCCUAUCGAAGGGAUGAUCGUUCUGCACUGCCGGCCCCCCGAGGGAGUCCCUGCGGCUGAGGUGGAAUGGCUGAAGAAUGAGGAGCCCAUAGACUCCAACCUGGAUGAGAACAUUGACACCAGAGCAGACCACAACCUGAUCAUCCGGCAGGCGCGUCUGUCCGACUCCGGGAACUACACCUGCAUGGCUGCCAAUAUUGUUGCCAAGAGGAGGAGCAUGUCAGCGACAGUUGUGGUUUAUGUUAACGGAGGUUGGUCGUCAUGGACUGAGUGGUCCAACUGCAACGCGCGCUGUGGUCGGGGCUGGCAGAAGCGAUCGCGGACCUGCACCAACCCUGCUCCGCUCAACGGAGGGGCUUUCUGUGAAGGAAUGUCAGUGCAGAAGAUCACCUGCACUUCUCUCUGCCCUGUGGAUGGAAACUGGGAGGUGUGGAGUGAAUGGUCUGUGUGCAGCCCGGAGUGUGAGCAUUUGAGGGUUCGGGAAUGUAUUGCACCAGCUCCACGAAAUGGAGGAAAGUACUGCGAGGGCCUGAGCCAAGAGUCAGAGAACUGCACCGAAGGGCUUUGCAUUCAAGAUAUAGAGACUGCCAGUGACAUUGCCCUGUACUCUGGCCUGGGAGCAGCAGUCAUUGCUGUAGCUGUGCUGGUGGUCGGUGUUACCCUUUACAGACGGAGUCAGAGUGAGUACGGCGUGGAUGUGAUUGAUUCAUCUGCACUGACAGGAGGCUUCCAGACAUUUAAUUUUAAAACAGUCAGACAAGGUAACUCCCUGCUUUUGAAUUCAUCCAUGCAGCCUGACUUGACAGUGAGCAGAACGUACAGUGGACCUAUCUGCCUGCAGGAUCCUAUGGACAAGGAGCUAAUGACAGAGUCUUCGCUGUUUAACCCGCUGUCAGACAUCAAAGUCAAAGUUCAGAGUUCGUUCAUGGUUUCCCUAGGGGUGACAGAGAGGGCUGAAUAUCAUGGAAAGGCACAUUCUGGAACUUUUCCUCAUGGGAAUGCUAGAGGUUUUGGAACAAUGCAGGCUAGAAACAAGGCUGCAUAUAUUCAGAACCUGUCUUCUAUUUCAACAAGAAAUGAGCUGAAGACAACUGCCAUCUUUGGGCACCUUGGAGGUCGUUUAGUGGUUCCAAAUACAGGAGUCAGUCUGUUGGUACCACAUGGAGCCAUACCUGAAGAGAGUUCAUGGGAAAUCUAUCUCGCCAUCAACCCAAGAGAGUCCAGCCUCCAGCCUGAAGGCCCAGAUGUCCUCCUAGGACCAGAAGUGACGUGUGGCCCUUCAGACAUGUCCGUCAGCACUCCCUUUGCCUUGACUAUACCGCACUGCGCAGAAGUAAAUUCAGAGCACUGGAAUAUCCACUUGAAAAGAAGGACACAGCAAGGAAAAUGGGAGGAAGUGAUGUCUGUGGAAGAGGAAACUACUUCCUGCUACUGCCUCUUGGAUCCUUAUGCCUGUCACAUUCUCUUAAACAGCUUUGGAACUUAUGCACUUAUUGGAGAACCCCUCUCUGAGUGUGCCGUCCGACAGCUGAAAGUUGCGGUUUUUGGCUGCCUGUCUUGCAAUUCUCUGGAUUACAAUUUGAGAGUGUAUUGCAUGGAUAACACACCUUGUGCAUUUCAGGAAGUGGUUUUGGAUGAAAGACUCCAAGGAGGACAAUUACUGGACGAACCCAAACUUCUGCAUUUCAAAGGGAAUACCUUCAGUCUGCAGAUCUCUGUGCUUGAUAUCCCUCCUUUCCUUUGGAGGAUCAAACCAUUCACUGCGUGUCAGGAGGUCCCAUUCUCCCGUGUGUGGUGCAGUAACCAGAAGCCACUGCACUGUGCCUUCUCACUGGAGCGCUACACCCCUGCAACCACGCAGCUGUCCUGCAAGAUCUGUGUCCGACAAGUCAAGGGGCACGAGCAAAUCCUACAGAUCCAGACAUCCAUUCUAGAGAAUGAAAGAGAAACCAUUGCAUUCUUUGCACACGACGACAGCAACUUCCCUGCACAGAUGGGUGCAAAAGCAUUCAAAAUCCCGUACUCUAUCAGACAAAGAAUCUGCGCAACGUUCGACACUCCCAAUGCCAAAGGCAAAGACUGGCAGAUGCUAGCACAGAAAAACAGCAUCAGCAGGAAUCUCUCCUAUUUUGCUACACAAAGCAGCCCAUCUGCGGUCAUUCUGGACCUCUGGGAAGCCCGGCACCAACACGACGGUGACCUCGAUUCCCUAGCCUGUGCACUGGAAGAAAUAGGAAGGACACACUCUAAAAUCUCAGACAUAACAGAAACUGAGAUUGAGGAGCCUGACUUCAACUACAGCAGGCAAAACGGACUUUAGUGUCCUCUAUUUCCAUUGAAGAACCGAUGGCCAGCUGACUUUCACACCUGAAAAAUCUCUUUGGCAGGGAGGAAAAUAAGGGUUUCUGCACACUGCCCAAGGAAGCAGACGCGCGUCUCCACAGUGCCCUUUUCAGUUGGAGGAGCAGAAGAAGCCCUAUUAAAAAUCAUCUCAGUAAUAAGGAAAACAAGCUCUCCCUGUGCUACAGUCCUCUUUCAUUUAAAAUUCAUGUCUCAAAUUCAAAAGCAGGACUACACAUCAAUCAUUCCCAGGGGCAGGAAGGAGCGAGGUACAGAGCUGUGCAAGGUAAAUAUUAUGACAUCCUGUAUUAGGAAACAGUGAUGCUAAAGACGAAUACAACACCUAGUAAAAUGUAAUGCCUAGUGCUAACCAGUGGAUACUUAGAGCCACUAGAGGUUAAUUUCAGUGUAAGGGUUUGUCUUCUUGGGGCCUUGAGUCCCCUUUGUCCUGUGUUUCCAACUUAACGCACCUAAAGAAUGGAUGUAAAAUGUCAUUUGCUAGCAUCAUGUUGAUUCUGUAUUUGCUGUAAUUUAGCUAAAGGACAGCUGAAAAUCUGCCCUUCUCCUGCUCAAAAAGUUGAGGAAUUAAUAGAUUGUAUAAUUAUUAAUAGAUAUCAGGUGUCACCCAAACAAUUCACGUUACAAAUUCAGUCACUCAAUGAGUGUAUACCCUUGCUGCAGAUUCUCCUGCCUGUUCUGAUUCCAAAAGAACAGAACAGAGCCCUUCUCUGUGGGAGCAGUGUUUGUGAGCGCGUGAGCGAUGCCCUAAAGUUCUCAGUUUGCAGAAUUUCACUAGGUCAAGAACUGUUUCUUUAGGGGUGGAUUUAAACAACCAAAAUGCGGGAGGUUGCCAGCCUUGUUUUAGCAAGUUUACACUGAAUGAAAGCUGAAGGUGAAUUCAAUCCACACAGCUUAAUUUUGGUUUAUGUUCAGACUGACAGAAUGACCCCCACCUCGCACUGCCAGAAACUGGCCUGAUUUAUUGCACAGCUUGCAUGCUUUGCAGGAGCUAGAGCUGGCUGCAUUACGUUUGGUCUAUUUACCCCCACAUCCAGAAAGGAGCUAGUAAUUCCCAUCAUUUUUUAUCCAUCUCAUGCAAAUAACAUUUAUUACUUCAACUGAACCAAAAAAAACCAAACAAAAAAGCUGUCACUGUGAGUCAGCAUCCUGGCAGAACUGGUACCAAACCAAAUGCAACCAGCUUUUUCACCUGUAUAGCCUUUGAAAUUUACCCAAGGUACUUGCAUUGGUCUAAGAUCAGCAUGACAGGCCCCAGAGCAGGUACUUAGUGGGGAAAUCCAUAAUCAUCCAAAACCUUUUCUUUAUCCGGGAUCCCAGAUCUGAAAGUACAGUCAACAGCUCUGGCUGUGACUUUGCUUGUUCUUGUUGAUCUGAAAUGGCCAAUUUCAUGGCUUUCCCAACUCAGCAGGCUCAACAGUCUGAGACGUACGAAUACAUAGACUUCCCCAACCAUUUUUUUACUAACCAUGUUAGUAUUUCAUGCAGUCUGACAUCAGUGUUCCUGUUUGCAACGGGAAAUCAUAACGGCUGCAAGCGUAUUUAAGACUGAGACAAAAAUACCAGCUUAUCUGGCAGCAAGCUGUCACCUCUUCCAGCAGCACACGGUUCUGUCUGUCUUUGAAUUAUAUUUGUAGUGACUUCCAUUCCUCCUCCUCAGAAACUUAUUUUUCAUUGGACAAAAUGUCAUGAAUAAAAAAAAAAAAAAAAAAAAGAGAGAGAAAAUGGCAUCCACAGAAAAGCAAUGGAAUUUUAGUGAGCUGUGGUUGUCUGGGAAACCUGCUACAGUCUCUCUCCAGUUAAUUUGUUCUCAGCUUCUCCUCAGAUGCAGUUUUAAUUUGGUUGCUGCUUUUUUGAACCGGAUCUCAUUAGCCACCCCAGCAAAGACCCGGACACGUACCCUGCCAGUGCCACAACACGCCCUAAGGUUUGGUUGUGGUUCCUGCUCUUGUUGUCCAAACCUGAUGAGCCACACACAGCACCUGUGGAGCUCAGACCUUACAGCCUUCCUCAGCAAACACUUAGUGUGUUUACAUCCUAGACUGGGGGAGAUGGGAAAAGCCUCUGCCCAGGGCCACCCAGCUCUGCCCCCUGUGCAGCAGGGAGGAUCCAGCCCUGUGCAGACUGAUCUCCACAGUGCACCCGCAAAUGGAAGGGAUCUGGGUUCUACACCAAAAUCCACGUCCGACCCCAACUCCCAUGAAGUCGGAGUUAUGUACUGAAAGGAAUAAAUGUCAGGUUUGUUUUUGUUUGUUUUUUUACAGUGGAAAAGAAGCUGUUCAGUUUUGAGCCCGAGGUAAGAUUCCAAUUUUGCAUUGCUCAGUAGAGUAUUGUUCUGUUUCCUGGUCUUUGUUCAGUUAUGCCAAAGCAGCAGCUUUGUUGCUGACCUCCCUUUUGUGAAGCUACACUGAGAACUGAUUUCUUCUAACCUACUAUUGUUUCCAUGACCUUUAGUUGUUUAAAUGGACUAGAAAUGUUAGAAUCUUAUUUAUCUCGCUGGAAAGGAAUUGGAAACAGGAACUAGACUUCCAGCCUACACUUCUAAUUUUUAUUGAUCGAGCUGUACUGCUGUGUUAUAUAGGAUCUGCCAUACUACAUUGUACAAAACAUCCAUUUAGCCUUGUAGUAUUUCUAAUUGUGACCAGGACUGAAAGUUUAGGGAAACGGUCUUAAGAAAUUAGCUCAGUAUUAAGGGACUUCCUCAGUCAGCCCACUGCUGCUAUCCGACAGGAGAGCAGGCUGAAACACUCAUUUCUCACCGUGCCCACAUUCUGUAUCAGUCACAGAGGAUGAGGAUCUUGCUAGAGCACAAAGCCACAAGAAAUGCCUGCAAGAGAGUGCAGGACUCCUAGGACUACAGUAACUGCCUUUGCUGUGCAAAUUACUCAAGCUAAUGCAUCAUCAGAGUGGAUGCAAUUGCCUGAACAUCCAGAAAAUAAAAUGGUGAAGAAAAACCAUGUAGCCUAAAGAUAAGCACGAGAGGUGCCAGGGAGUAUGUCACACCAUGAACAUUUUCCAUACAGAGGAAAUUGUUCUCCCUGAUAACUCUGGUCAUAGUGGGCAGCGAUCAGACAAUGAGAAUUUAAGUUAAGACUUCUGAGAUCUCUGUUCCCUUUUCUCCCACUCCUGGGAAAUUUGCAUUUCUUGUAUCUUAGAUAUCUGGUGCAGAUACGCCUGUUUUCAGACGUUCCCUUUCUGUUGUUUUAUGUUAGUGUCAUGGGAUGAUAUUAAUAAAACUUAGCACUUUUAAUUAUAGAGGCUUGCACCAGUUCUCCUCCCUUUUUCCUGUGCUGUCCCAGUUUUAGAGUGAGAAAUGAUAACAUUUGGGGGGAAAUGUCUCUGCUACCAUAUAAACGAGGCAGGCACAAAUGGGUUUUGUUACCAUUAACAAACAGCAAGGCAGUACAAGCAGAUGAUGUUACAUGGUGCUUGCUUUCCCUAUUUCACAGUAAAAAGCAGCUUUUUUUCCCCACCAAAGGCUGCUGCAAGGAUGCUUUGCAAUACAGUAUUCCCUCAGAAUGAUAAGUUAGAAUUAGUGUGUAAAUGUUAUAUACAUAGAUAUGUUGACAAGGAUUUGCAAUCUUAACAUUCCAGGAGCAUAAUUUUAACAUCCGUGUUACUAAGAUAUUUGAGAUCUGUAUUCAUGGGAUUUGAUCCCAAACCCAGGCGUGUAAAGGAGCUCCUGCUGCAGGAUUUGGGGCCAGAAACCCAAAUCUGAUUCUUUCCCUCUAUUUUAUGAAUUAUGACUUUUGAAAAAUUAACAACUCUCCUCGCAAGCCCAAAGGCAGCAGACAGAACUGCAGUGCUGCACAGGGGAGGUCCCACCAAGCUGCCAUGGUGAGACAUCACCAGGCAAUCCUCUCUGCUUUCUUCCAUCUCCUAAGCACUUCCAGAUAGCUCUGUGCUGUGACUCCUUUAAGGCUAAUAGUCAGAUUUUUUAAAUAACCUUCGAUUUUCUCAAAGCAGCACGCUGCACACCUUUGUCAGACUGCAGCAUCACAAAGCUGAGUUCCAGUUCUGCAGCCCUGCUAGUUUACACGAAGAUACGUUCAGCCACCAAGGGAAGAACCCUGCUCUGUGGGUUUACAUUCUAACUUCAUUUACUGGAGCUAGUGCCAUAAAACCACAACGCGCUCCUACAAAAGUGUUACCGGGCAUUUUGUAACAGACGGAAAGAUAGCAGCACCAUUCUCUUACAGCACAGAGAAGUAUUGUUGUUAUUAUUUUUAUCCCUGGCAGCAGCUGCUCCCCCCCAGGCCUUGCACACACACACAGGCACUGAGCACGAGGAGGGGGCUCCUGGCCAGCCCACCCCUUGACACCACACUGCAUUCCGUUCCUUUCAUGCCACUUGAAAGACAUUUCUACGAGCACAUUUGGUAACAUUCCAGCUAUUGUUUUCCACUAGGAAAAUCAUCGAGUAUGGAUACAGCAAAGCUAAAACAAGCAACAAACCAUGGAGGCAAUUCUCAUCAUCAUCUGGAUUUUUUUAUUUAUUUAUUUUUUUUGAGUCUGUUUCAGCCUGUGAAACACAGACCUUAAGCAAAAGGCUGCACUCGAUCUCAGAUGGUAAUUGACUGAAUGAAAACAGGGAACCAUAGCCAAGUCCUUAACAACUGUGAAUGAGCUGCAGGUUCGCCCUUCCAGCCUUUGCGUUACGACUUCGAGCUACACCUAGGAAGCCCUCGCGCAUCUUAGGCAGUAGUAGAGAUGGUUAAUGCCAUUCACCAACAACUUCUUCCGUGGUGAACCUGCUGAGGAGUGUUUUCUGUGGGCUGUGAUAGGUGCCAGGGAAAAUUAUUCCCCUUGCUCAGUUCCUGCUUUGGGAAAGGCUGGCAGCUGCUCCACACCCGUGUGUAAAAUGCACGAUAUCCUCUCCUGCAUAGAUAGUCAUUGUCUAGCUGAAAUUGCCUAGAACUCACAGGGUUCCUGGAUGAAUACAGUAACUUAAGCAGUAGGAGCAGAGCACAGGUAUUGAGAACUGCAGCAGCACCACCUCAGUCCACCGACAAAGACCACAGAUCAUUUUCUAAUAACACAGUCUAGUCCUUCUCUCUCAUUACCAAUACGAAGAUAUACAGUACCAAAAAUCUCUUUUCCACCGUGGACAAACAGAACAACCUCUCUAAGAGUAAAGAAUCGCUCAGAACCAUUCAAUAGUAACAGUGCCUGCAGUGCAGACAACAGAACCGAUGUUUCACUCAUUGCUGCAGGAGAAAACCCUGCCAGGAUCCACGUUCACUGUUCUAUCCAAAAAUAAAAUAAGUGUCUAGGAAUUUGCCACUAUAUUUUUUCGUAUUAGAGGUGAAUAGUACAGACUUUACUAGUGUUUCUUGUCUGGGGCUUGGGUGGGUAGGGGUGUAUUGUAAUUUUCAAGCUAUUGCAAAAGCUGCUUUUAAAUAAGCUGUGGAGUUGUGUUGACUAACUGGUUUGUGCUUUACAAGGGAAUCCAGGUGAGCCGGGGUUCUGUGGGCAGCCUCCUUGCCUUGCCCUCACAGGGUAACUAGAGCUGAAGUCACUUGUGAAAAUGUAGCCAAGGGAUAGGGAGAUUAGAUGGCCCAUCCCUGAUCUGUAAUGUAGUGUCCUGUAAUCUAAUGAGAUUAGCCACUCACCUACCGUAGAACCGUGGUUUCGUCAGCAGCUACUUAGUUUGUCUGCCCCGGUGUGAUAACCUUGGUUGAGAAUGUACUUCUGCAGAUUUCAGAUGAUGUCAACCCCCAGUGUUACCUGCUCUCUGUAUAUAAAUCUUAUUGUCUAAUCCCAAAAGGAAACGUGUAGCACAAUAGCAAGUUAAGGGUGCUGUGCACCGAGCCUGGUGUAAGUUUUUUUCUGAUCCAGCAGGAGGGGGAAGACAUGGAGCUAACAGCGGGUGUACUUGAUACAGAGAACAAGAGAGUUUCCUAACAAAUCCUCACUUAGGACUGGCUGAAGCUUUGUUUUUGCAGUUUGAAGUUGUAAGACCUGGUAACUCCCUUACUGAAAUUUGGAAUAUUUCCAUAACAGCAAUGAUAUGUUUGCAAACGAUUCUUUCAGUUUCCCCAUUCACGCACUGAAGUGAGAGGGGGAGGGAGGAAUAUUUCCACGUACAUUCUUUCCCCUUUCGAGCUAAAAAGCAGAUACCAUGACUGGCUCAGGCAUUUCCCAGUGCAUCAGUAAGCAGGACACAGUGCCUCACUGGGCGUGCAGCACGUAUGUACUUCUUGUGUAUAUUUGGGAACAACCAACUGACAUCACACAGCUUGUGACUGUGGAAAUGCAGCUGCCUCCUCCCACCCCGUAAUCAAACUCAUUCCCACUGCAGCGCUGCUCUCAGUUUAUAAAUGGGUACGAGAACUUCAAAUGCACAGUUUGCCGAUUUGGAGGAGGCAAAGUAGAAUGCUGGUCAGUCUGUGGAGCCUUAUGCACAACAAGAGCUAACUAACUGAGCGUUUCCAACUUCCAAAAUUUCUGACCGGCCUAUUGGCAAAAGGAGGGGCAGGUACUUUGACCUCACACACUAAAUACAUACAUACAUUAAUAUUAAUAAUAAUAUUCUUCUGUAAGGAGACCCCUUUUGUCUUCUGCUCCCCUAUUUUUUGCAAUGAACAGGUUCUGAAGCGUUGGCUUUUGCUCAGACAGCUGAGCACAAUUCCCUCCCCCUUUUCUCCCCAUGGUUUAAGUGUGUUUAGAACUGAAAAAGGAGCAGAGGUUUGAAUGCUUUCUUUAGUAUGAAGCUGAAGGAGUAAGAGAGAGAGAGAAAGAAAACAUUAAAUAAAAAGCAUGGCCUUGGCUUCAUACCACACUUUCUGUGCCUUGUUCUAUCGAUGUAAAUUCUGAAUGUUGUACAGUAAAAUACUUGGGAAAGACUCCUUGGAAAAGGCUGCACUGGCUUCUUUUUUCAGCACAUGUACAUAUAUAAAUAUAUAUACAUAUAUAUAUUUGGUAAUGCCAAACAGCUGUGUUAUAUUGUACUGAAAAAGUAAUAAUGGACAGUUUGGAUGUUUUAUGUAGAGUUUGCAAAAAUUGUAUGGCUAUAGCCUUUUGGAAAUAAAUGUACAGACAUAAAUUACUGCAUAUCAGUUAUUUAUGA